GCUUCACCUUCAGACACAUUCACACAUAGACUGUAGUAACAUAAUAUUGUCCGUGUUAAAAAAACAGGUUCCGUUUGUCCGUCCGAGCAUCCGCUCACUAAAUAAAGAACUAUAUUUCCUUAAGAUGAAAGGUGCAGAAAGCCAGCAUCGUUGCUACAACUAAAAGCGCGUCCAUAGUUUCAAUGAAGUACAAGGGAAGGUUUUGCGCGUAUGGUGGCCUUUUACAACCAGUAUAAAUACAAGGCGCGCACUCGCGCUGCUAGAUAAGUCCCGCAGCGGCACCGGGGCAUCCCGAAGCAGGAUUAAAGCAUUACAAACUAGCCAUGGCUGACAAUUUGCGAAGACUGGUGAACGCUUCCCCCUACAGUGUUUUGCAGGAUAAACUUGAAGCCUUGUACAAAGACUACCACGUGUUUUCUUGUGACCAGAAUCUGAACCGGUGCUGUGAGCUGGUGGAGCUCAACUCUAAAAUUCAGGGUCAAUUGUUCACCAUACUCAACCUUACAGCACAAGAGGGGGGACAUUAUGCAGGGAUUGACACUCUGAAGUCUCGUUUCUUACCGUGGCUUGGCUCCUGCUUCACUAUUCCAGCUUCCUCCAUCUCCACGGAUACCAGCCUCAGUCUCAUGCAGGAAUCUGCGGAGAAAGAGCGUAAGAUUCGUGAAAUGUCCUCUGCUCAUGAGAGUGACAUGCAGAAAAUAGAAGAUCAGCUGUGUUCUACACGUUUGGAGUUAAACUCAGUUAAGCAGGAACUGGCUGACAUUCAGAUUGAACUGGAUUCUACAAAGAAUAAAUCAGCAACCACACUUUUGGCCACAGAGGAUGAAAUACUACAUCUAAAGGCAGCAUUGCGAGCGGCUCAAGACCAGGUUUCUUCAUAUAAGAGAAAGUUGGAUGUUCUGGAUGACCACGAGAGGCAGGUCAGAAUCCUAAAAGAUGAGGUCUCUUUCCUCACAGCGGAGAAAUCUGUUCUGCAGGACAGACUGAUCAGGAGCCGUUCACCUAGUCCUCUUCCUCGCCGGAGUCGCUCGGUCAGCCCUGUGAGGGGCGAGUCUCCCACACGUGCCCAGCUCACCAGCUCCUCACGUCACGCCCGGCUGGUCUCUCGUUUCUCAGACCUGUAUGCCACUGAGAGGCUGGAGUCCCAGAGUCUCCUGCGCAGAUACAUUGACGACCUGGACACAGUCCAAGGGAUCAUUUUCAUUGCUGUUGUGGAAUCUUUCCAGGCUGCUAAACUGGCCUAUCGGCAGUUCAAGAUACGUGUGAAGAAGACACUUUCCUCCACACACAUUGGUCAUGAGAGUCUAGAGGAUGCAGUGGUGGAUUACAUUGUGAGAAAUCUGGACCUGUAUGACGUGCAAACCAGCGUUAAUGACAUCAUAAACGCGAUGAACGUAAACCCUCGUAUCUCCUUCCCUCCGGAGGUCGACUUUGUUCUGAUCAGCAGCUUUAUCAGGGAAGCGUGCCGAAUAGCUUUCGCCAUGCAGACUCUGGAUCCACCACUGGAUCUGGCCUUCAGCUCAGACGGAGAACUCUACAGCGAUGUGAAGUACAGACGCAGUUUUGAUUCAGAGUUCACAGCUCCUCUGGUGGCAUAUCACGUGUGGCCGGCGCUGGUGGAGGGAGAUACUGUCAUACUAAAAGGAGAGGCAGUCACCAAAAGAGGAGCGCUGUGGAGAAGCAGGAGUCGUAGCUCCAGUCCUGUUCGCUCCCAAUCUCGCUCAGGAAGCCCCACACGCACAUUUAUGGCCAGUCAUAGUCGCAGUCCCUCCCCUGGACGUCUCUCUAGUAGUCGACUGUAAACUCUAACACCUGACCUCAACACUCUUCACACUGGUUACAAGAUCAAAAAGAUUACAAAAAUGACUUGUUAAGGUGCUCUGUUCGUCUGUGUGAUUAUUGAACAAAUCAUUUAAGGUGCUAUACUUUCUGUUUGUUUUUGUAUUAAAUUCUUUAUGUUUUCAUAUAUUUAGACACUUGAUUUGGAUAUUUCCUCUAUAAUAGAAAUAGUGUUUAAAGAGAAAUUAUGUUGCCUGCAUAUCAGCACUUUUGUCAUUCGGAUAUGCCGCAGAAAUGAAACAAGUGACUGAUUUGUAUUCAAAUCUGUAUUUCUGUUAUUACUCUGAAUAUCAGUGCUGUGGGUCAAGUGAUUGAAUCUUCUUAAUCAUUAUAUCUUAGUAUUUUUAUUUCAUUAAAAGUUAUAACAACUAUUAAAAUAUAGACACUGAAAUAGAAUCUUCAUCACUUGGAGUAUAUUUUCCCAGUGUGAAGUGUUUGUGUAUUGUAUUCAUUGAUGUUUUUCAGAAAGCCAUCAGCCCUUUUUGUUCUUAAUAGUGGUGCUAAAAAAGUUUACUCCAUACUAAACUGUGUAUCUAUCUGCAAUGGGUAACACAGUCUAUACAAAACCUCA